AUGUUCCAAUCAUUAAAACAUCAAUCAAAAGGAGAUGUUUAUAUUGGAAUUAGUGAAUUUUCAAGUGUUGAUUUUACUAAUACUUCAUAUUUCAAAAUUAAUGAUUUCUUAAGGGUCAGAAAUUUAACUCAGGCACAUUUUGAUGGUAAGACUGAUGAUUAUUUCGCGGAGCCAAUGUAUCUUAAUUGUUUGUUGACACACUCUGAUGAAAAUAACUUGGUAUUUGAUUUUACAAAUACAUACACAUUUUGUAAAUUGAGUGCUGAACAAUUAGCUUCUUUAGGACCAGAUGACGCUAUCUUCCCUAUAUAUCGUUUACCAAAAGAUCAGAUUAAAAAAGAAUAUCCGUCAGAAAAAGAAACAUCAAAAAUUGUUGCUAUUGUUGUUCCAAGUGUUCUUGCAGUGAUAAUUAUUAUUAUUGCCAUAAUUGUUCUUGUUGUUGGAAUUAUUAAAUAUAGAACAUAUAAAGGACGUCAAAUGUUAAAAGAAUAUGAUGAAAAUGAAUUGUCUUCACUUGGUGGUCCUCUAAUUCAGUAUGAUUAA